AUGGAUGUAAAGUCCGCGUUCCUGAAUGGCAUUCUCCAGGAGCAAGUCUACGUCGACCAGCUUCCCGGUUUCAUCCUCCAGGGUCAUGAACAAAAGGUGUUGCACCUGGUCAAGGCUUUGUACGGUCUCCGGCAAGCCCCACGCGCCUGUUACUCCAAGCCCGACGAGUCUCUCAUCCAGCUUGAGUUCCAGAGGAGUACCUCUGAUCAUGCUAUCUACCUCCGCGGCACCGGUGCUCGCCACCUUGUCAUGGGCGUCUACGUCGAUGAUCUUGUGAUCAUGGGCGGCAAUCAAGUCGACAUCGACACAUUCAAGGCAGAGAUGAAGUCUACCUUCAAGAUGAGCGAUUUGGGACUUCUCCACUACUACCUCGGAUUGCAGGUUACUCAGUCGAAGGAGGGGAUCACCGUGUGCCAGAGUGCAUAUGCUGCCAAGAUUCUGGAGGCAGCUGACUUGAGUGAGUGCAAGUCGAGCUGCACACCCAUGGAGCCACAACUCAAACUUAGUAAGUUGAGCUCAGCCCCAACUGUUGAUGCAACGUUCUACAGAAGUAUUGUGGGCUCGCUUCGCUAUCUGGUGAACUCGAGGCCGGACCUGGCAUACUCGGUCGGCUACAUCAGCCGGUUCAUGGAGAACCCCACAACCAAGCAUCUGGGAGCUGUCAAGAGGGUGCUCCGGUAUGUUGCCGGCACUCUCCACUACAGAUGCCACUACAAGCGGAAGAAAGGAGCUCAGCUCAUCGGGUUUAGUGACAGUGACUUGGCCAGCGACGUUGACACGCGCAAGAGCACCACAGGGGUCCUCUUCUUCCUGGGCGACAACAUCAUCACCUGGCAGUCUCAGAAGCAAAAGAUCGUCCCACUGUCUUCAUGCGAGGCAGAAUACAUCGCUGGGACUACUGCAGCUUGCCAGGGAAUUUGGCUGGCGUGGCUACUUGCAGAACUCAGAGGCGAGGAGGCCGGUGCCAUCAACCUGAAGAUCGACAAUCAGUCCGCCAUCGUGCUCAGUAGAAACCCAGUGUUCCACUACAGCAGCAAACACAUCGAUGUAAGAUAUCACUUCAUCCGUGAAUGCGUUGAGGAGAACAGGGUGCAGAUUCAGUCCAUGGGGACUUCAAAGCAACUGGCGGACAUCUUAACCAAAGCCCUGGGACGUGAGCGCUUCUGUGACUUGCGUUCCAGAAUAGGAGUUCGUAAUGUACAGCUUGCACACAGGGACUAG